AUACUCAAUACGAUAUACCCAUUAAAUACACAAAUUCUACUUCUACAGACCAUAUAUCUCUUUGAUCCAUUCGAGAAACCACCAAAAACAGCCAAAAUGUCUGGAUACUCAAAAGUUGGUACUAGCGCUGUCUACGAGGCCGGUGACCAGAGAAACUACAAGGCUUCCGAGGCCCCUCAACCCACACGAUAUGAGGAGGGAAAGGAGCACUCGCAUCAACCUAAUGACUCCAAGGACGAGAGAUCCAUCGCCAACCGUUUGGCUAACGAGGAGCGAAAGUUGAACCGCAAAGAACAAGAUGACCCUGAGACCGCCAUGUCCAAGAAGGACCCUACUCUACCUGCCAAGAUGCACGGAAACGAGCCUUCGAAGGGCGCCAAGGUCGACGCUCAGUUGCAGGCCGAGGAAGAGGAGGAGCUCCGGAGGAAGGGCAAGGCGUAAGCCAGAUAUAUCAACCACCAAUCUACAUCUAUAAUGA